AUGGAAGAUUUUGACUUGGUGAAAACCUUACAAAAAACUUCAUCUUCUGUAGAAUCUGAUAUCAAAAAUUCUACCCAUUCUCUUGGACUGAACUUAAAUACUAAUAGAAGUAGUCCCCACCUUAGUACAAAGGGGAUAUCCUCUUUCUCAGGGAAGACCAGACCACCUGUAAUUCAAGGUACAGUUGAAGUACUAACUUCUUUAAUGCAAGAGCUACAAAACAGUGGAAAGACUGAUUCAGAACUUUGGAAAAACUGUGAGACCAGGUGGUUACAGCUAUUCAAUUUGGUGGAAAAACAAUGCCAAGAACAGAUAGUUGCCCAGCAGGAACAGUUCUACAACCAAAUUCAACGUAUACAGGAGGAGAUAAAAAAUUUAGUCAAAUUACAGACCCAUAAUACUUCCUGGGCUUCCUAUGAUAGGAGUUCUUCAAGCAAACAAGUAUCUUCAGAAAGUCGAAUGGGUUUUUUUUCUGAAAGCAGUGAGAGAAAUGAAUCUAUUAUCAGUUAUCCUAAAUCUAAAGAACCUGAAAUGCAGCAAGAAAUGUCCACAUCACAACCAGACUGCAAUGUGGAUAGUAGCUCAGUGAGCAGUGGGUAUGGUACCUUUUGUGUCUCAGAAUUAAAUACCUACAAAUCUGAAGACCCCAAAGAGUUCAUGGAGCACACAGACAUUUCUAAAGGACAGUAUGUAGCACCUAUGAUGCAGACAGAUUCACUUGUAGAUGGUGUAAAAAACAAGAGUUUUUGUAUACAGACUACUGAAGAGUUUCGUGCAUCUUUAAAGGAAGACAGUUCUAUUUUUCCUGGUGAAUUCGAACAUAAUUUUCUUGGUGAAAAUAAGAUUUCUGAAGUAUACAGUGGAAAAACAAAUAGUAAAUCUAUAACAUCAUGGGCACAAAAGCUGAAGCAGAAUCAACCAAAGAGAGCACAUAUAGAAGAUGGAUGUCCAAGAUCUAAGCAAGGAAAUGAGCAAAGCAAGAAAACAUCAAUUGAAAAAUCUGAUUUUGCUGCUGCUACACAUCCUUGUGCUUUUUACCUCAGUAAACCAGAUGAAAGUCCAAAUUCUUGGAUGUCUGAUUCAGGAACAGGACUGACUUAUUGGAAACUGGGGGAGAAGGAUAUGUAUCACUCUUUGCCUGAAACUUUAGAGAAGACAUUUGUACCAUCAUCCUCCACAGAUAGGUCACCAUCCCAGUCUAAUACUAGUAAUGAGAUGAAGCUACCAUCACUGAAGGAUAUUUAUCAUAAAAAACAAAGGGAAAACAAGCAGUUACCUGAGAGGAAUCUCACUUCUGCUUCCAACCAAAAUCACCCACCAGAGGUACUGACUCUAGAUCCAACGUUACAUAUGAAGCCAAAUCAGCAGAUUUCAGGGAUUCAACCACGUGGCUUUAUGAAUGCCCUCAAUGACAGAAUAUCCUUUUCACCAGACUCUGUUCUAGAACCUAGUUUGUCUAGUCACUCUGACAUAGACUCACUUUCACAAGCAAGUAAUAUUGCUUCUCAGUUAUCUGGAUUCCCAAAAUAUCCUUCAGAUACAAAAGCUUCACCAAUGGACUCUUGGAAAAAUCAUGCAUUCCAAAAUGAAAGUAGGACCAGUUCCACAUUUCCUUCAGUAUAUACUAUUACUAGUAAUGAUAUCUCAGUCAACACUGUAGAUGAGGAAAACACUGUCAUGAUAGCUUCGGCCUCGGUCAGUCAGUCUCAGCUUCCAGGUACAGCCAACAGUGUCCCAGAAUGCAUUUCAUUGACUUCCUUGGAAGAUCCUGUGAUAUUGUCUAAGAUUAGGCAGAACCUGAAGGAAAAGCAUGCUCGACACAUAGCGGAUCUUCGGGCUUAUUAUGAAUCAGAAAUAAAUAGUUUAAAACAGAAGUUGGAGGCAAAAGAAAUUUCUGCAGUUGAAGAUUGGAAGAAAACAAAUCAAAUUCUUGUAGACAGAUGUGGCCAGUUAGAUAGUGCUCUGAAUGAAGCUACUAGCCGUGUGAGAACACUUGAAAAUAAGAAUAACUUACUGGAAAUAGAAGUGAAUGAUUUGAGAGAACGCUUCAGUGCAGCCAGCAGUGCCUCCAAAAUUUUGCAGGAACGAAUCGAGGAAAUGAGAACAAGUAAUAAAGAAAAAGACAAUACCAUUAUUCGACUAAAAUCUAGAUUGCAGGAUUUAGAAGAAGCCUUUGAGAAUGCUUAUAAACUCUCAGAUGAUAAAGAAGCUAGACUAAAACAAGAAAACAAAAUGUUUCAAGAUCUUUUAGGAGAGUAUGAAUCCCUUGGAAAAGAACAUGGAAGAAUAAAGGAUACAUUAAAUACAACUGAGAACAAAUUGCUUGAUGCACAUACUCAGAUUUCUGAUUUAAAAAGAACGAUUUCAAAACUUGAAGCUCAGGUCAAGCAAGUAGAACACGAAAAUAUGUUAAGUCUUCGUCAUAAUUCUAAUACUCACAUGAGACCUGCACGUGCCAACACGCUAGCAACUUCAGAUGUCAGCAGGCGGAAGUGGCUGAUACCAGGUGCAGAGUAUUCUAUCUUUACUGGCCAGCCUUUGGACAUCCAGGACAGUAAAGUGGAUAACAAGCUGGAGGAAACCUGUGUUCCUGGGUACCAUUCUCCUCCGGAAAAGGAUUCUUCACUUGGAAGUUCACCAACAAGCUUACUGAUUAAAAAACAGAGAGAGACUUCAGACACACCAAUCAUGAAAGCUUUAAAAGAACUUGAUGAAGAAAAAAUAUUUAAAAAUUGGGGGACACAGACAGAGAAAGAAGACACCUCAAGUAUGAAUCCUCGGCAAAGUGAAGCUUCAGUCAAUGCAAGUCGUUCUCCAGAGAAAUGUGCGCAACAGAGACAAAAGAGACUUAAUUCUGCCUCACAGAGAUCAUCAUCUUUACCACCUUCAAAUCGUAAAUCAAAUACUUCAACAAAAAGAGAGAUUAUGUUAACACCAGUGACUGUGGCUUAUAGUCCAAAGCGAUCUCCUAAAGAAAAUUUGUCCCCAGGAUUUAGUCAUCUACUUAGCAAAAAUGAAAGUAGUCCAAUUCAAUUUGAUAUACUUUUGGAUGAUUUAGAUACUGUUCCUGUGUCUACAUUACAACGUACCAUUCCAAGAAAACAACUCCAGUUUCUUCCUCUAGAUGACUCGGAAGAAAAAAAAUAUUCAGAAAAAGCUGCUGACAACCAUGUUAAUCAUAGCUCUUGCCCCGAACCGAUGCCAAAUGGAAUGAAGAAAGUAUCUGUGAGACCAGUCUGGGAGAAGAAUACGUCAGUUAGCUGUGAACAGUGUAAGCCAGUUUCAGUGACACCACAGGGUAAUGAUUUUGAAUAUACAGCAAAAAUAAGGACCCUAGCUGAAACAGAGCGAUUUUUUGAUGAACUUACAAAAGAAAAGGACCAGAUUGAGGCAGCACUAAGUCGAAUGCCUUCUCCUGGAGGACGAAUCACUUUACAGACAAGAUUAAAUCAGGAAGCCUUGGAAGAUCGUUUGGAAAGGAUUAAUCGGGAAUUGGGUUCAGUUCGCAUGACACUAAAGAAAUUCCAUGUUUUGCGCACUUCUGCAAAUCUUUGAGAUUUGUAGCCAUUAAAUUUUGAGACGUUGUUUGCACCAAUGUAUAAUUAUGCACUCAGAAAAGGCAAACUAUUUUGUACUGUUUAUAAGCCUUCAAACAGUAGUUUUACAAUCCUGCUAUUCUCACACUUGCUAUUUUAUACUUCAAAUGGCCACAUAUUUUCAAGAUAUUUUUGUUAUACUCAGGAAUCUAUUGUAUAUUUUACUAUUUAAAAAGUACUAUUUUUAAGUAGUAUAUGUCUCCAAUUUAUAUCAAGAAUAAGGAAAAGUAAACAAGGAGGCAGCUUGUUUCUAAACAAAUAGCGUUAUCCUUUUACAGUUAACUUUGCACACUAAUUUUAUAAACUUGUUCCACAUUGUAAAUAUUUUUUUUAAAUAAAUGUUUAACAACAGCUUUCAUAAUGAUAGACUAAUACGUGCUAAAUACAAAAACAAUUACAGCAAACCUUGGAUUUCAGUCGUUGAGGUUUUUAAAAAUGUUGAUGUAAUUCCUCUCUGAAACAUGUCUUAAGAGCAAAUAUGAGAAUAGUAAUAAUGGACUAUUGGAAAGCUUUGAAAACUACAUAAAUAUAACUCAUUUUGUUUCCCUUUGACUUUGUUCAUAAGGAAAGAAAAAAAAUGAGAGGGAUGUAAUUCUCUAAUUUUGUCUUGUAUGUAGUUCUUUCAAAAAGUUAAACAAUUGGAGAGCUGUGAUUCUCUGCUAAUCAUUCUGAAUGUAACUUGUGUCCCACCCUGGACAAUAAAUAAAUAGAUAAAGUUUUGAUGAAAUGCAGGCCCUACCAUCCAGUGAGUAUUGAGAGAGUAGCCCUGAUUUCCUUAAUGUACAUGGCUUCACCUGUCAGUCAAAGUCAUCAUUUGGACGUUUUCACCCCUCUCCACCCAGUUCACUCCCUCCAAGCCCCCACCCCUGCCAAGAAGAAAUACUUCCAUUGUAGGUGCUGUAAGAACAUGAGGUUUUAGAUCAGAGCAAUCUACUCUACUUGUUAAUGGACAGGUAGAACCUGGUGCCUCUCACUUGGUCUGGCUAGAGGGCUCCAGCCUACUACUUUGGCAGUACCUCCUCUUUCUUAGACGUAGCAUGUGGGCAGAAAGCUUUUCUCUGAUCCAGGAGCACUAGUGGGUUUGUACUGGGACUGCUGGUUAAGACCAGGCUGCUUAACCACUCACUUUUUGGUGGUCAGUCAGGAUACAGUGCCCACAUAUCCAAGCUGAGUAUGUGUUGAUAAACAGACUCAUCCAAACUUUAACAUUGAUUCCCAUUGAAAAUGCUCAGGUUUUAAAUUUUGGUUUGCUUUUGAGCUUUUUCUCCUUAUGUGGCUCUUAAUAAUGUGUAGUGAAGGUGAACCAAGCCAAUUCUAUUAGGGAUCUCAAAUGAUCUUUGAACACCUUUCCCUAGAGCUUCUUCACCUGGCUGGUCUCCAGGCCUGGGGCCCACAGCCCUGCUGCCUUCUUAGCUUGUGGGAGACCUGUCCGACAGCAACAAUUGAACCUUUGCUCCCAACUCCUGCAACCAGUUAAAGAAUUCAAGCUAAUCAAAAUUACUGACCAACAGAAUCAAGUGCCUUUAUUCUUGAUUUUUUCUUUUUUUGUUUUCAGCUUUUUAAAAAAAAUCUCCUAGUUGUAGGAAAGAGUUCAUUUUAAUCAGGUGCCAGUAUAGCUUCCAGCAAGACCUAGUAGAGGGAUUGACUUUACUGAUGAUAUCCCCUCCUUAAUGUGUUCAUAUAUAUAUGACAUUAAAAACUAACUUGAAAAUUGUUAGGAUAUUUUAUCGUUUCCUGCUUUUAUUACGAAGUCUACAACAUUUUUAAGAAUAAGAAAAUUGCCAUUUCAGAAGAGAUAAUGGUUUUAUCUUGCCAAGGAGUUAUCUUCUUAGUCGUCUGUAUUGGCGUAUUCCAAAAAAGGCAUUAAGCUCCGUCAAAACAUCUCUGUGCCUGUCUCUCAGAAAGCAUAUGCUUUGAUUUUUUGAAGUGUGUAAUGGUUUGGAACUAUCAGUCACUUAUUUAAAAUUUUUAAAAAUUCUUUGUUCUUCAUAGCUGUGAAGAAAGAAACCAAGGAAAAUUGUUUCAGUUGUCUUUCCCUUUGGUAAUGCUUAUCUUAUGAACACUCAACUGAAAAAUAACCUAAAAGUAGGAAAGGUGGCUAUCUUAAAUAGCAGCUAUUAUCCCAGGGAAGUAAACUACAAGGGUACUUCAAACAGUUCACGGAAAAAUAGAAUUAAAAGAUAAUAUGGAAUCUUCCCAUGAACUUUUUGAAGUACUCUCCUAUUUUUGUUGCCUGGCUGGGGCUGUGCUGUGGGUCAAUAAAAAACCCAAGUGAAUCUUCCACUUCCGGGAAGUGCCUUUUGAAUGCAAACAAAGUUAACUGUCUCUUAAUGCUCAGAUCUACCCCCUUCCUUUCUCUUACACAGCCUCCCUUUGCAGGAGCUAUUCCUGAGGAAUAGGGAAAUGACCAACUGAAGCAAUAGCAGAUAUGGCUGCAGCAGUAGCACUGGGGCUGUGCACAGCCUGCAAGAGGACGGAAGAGGAGAGACUGGAGCCAGACAGAUCUGGGUCACUCACACUCUGGCACAGGCCUGCCUUCCUCAGCUGUAAAUGAUUAGACCAAAUGAUAAGAAAAUUCCUUAAUAGAGAUUAGGUAAAGUGUCUGGUGUUUAGUAAGUUCUCAAUAAAUAGUACAUUUCAAAUUUAUUCUGAGUUAAGUAGCCUUUUGAGGUAGUACUUUCAGACUUUUUAAAAGCAAAAGUCGAUUGUGUUCCAAGCAAUUGACCUAAAAACAGCCUUGGGUUGACAUUUGUUCAGUGGUCUAAGAUGAUCUCUCUACCCUCGGCAAAAAAAAAAAAAAAAGCUAUCUUGGAGUUUAAGCGAGCUUCCCUCUGGUGUGAGGUUGUUUGUUUUUUAAUGGCAAAAUAAAAAAUAGGUAACCUGUCAAGUGUAAAUUCAGAAAACAUUUUGCUCUUAAUAAAAUUGGUGAUUUGGGGUUA